AUGCCUAUCCUGUUAGUGGAUUCGUAUGACUCGUUCACGUUUAAUUUGAAAAACCUGAUUGAAAAUGCCACUGCUCAAAGCGUAUUCAUCAUACACAAUGACUCGUUCAGCCUGCCUGAUCAGCAGAUGGAGUUGGACCAACUACUGGACUCGUGCGAUGCUAUAGUUGUUGGACCAGGACCUGGAAAUCCUGAGGAUCCCAGAGACAUUGGCAUAAUACCUUAUCUGUUAACCAAAGAAAUUCCACUUCUUGGAAUAUGUUUGGGAUUCCAAUGCUUAUGCUUGAUGGGAGGGCUAGAAAUGGGGUAUCUGAAAAAUCCUGUCCACGGGCAAAUUUCCAGCAUAAAACUGGAAGAAAACACCGAGGGUUUGAGUCUUUUCGCUGAUAUUGACUCAAACUUUGGCAGCGUUCGGUAUCACUCGAUUUUCGUAAAGGGUUCCACCGACGCCAUAGUGCCUCUGGCCUACGCCAUAGACGAGGGUGAAGGAAAGCUGUUGAUGGCAGCCAAGCACGCAAUUUUGCCGUUCUACGGAGUUCAGUAUCAUCCCGAGUCAAUAUGCUCGACUUACGGCACUCAGCUCGUUAAAAACUUUUGGAAAAUAGCCCAGACGAUCAACAAAUCGAGAAGCAUUCCCAACUUCAAUGUGAGCCUGGAUCCUCAUAUCGUGGUUGCUCCCGCACUUCUGGAAACUACCACCAGAGAAAAGAAAAAACUUCUGUUUGAGAGCUUGAACUCUGGCUUCAGUACGCUGGAUUUGUGCGACAAUUUGAAAAAACUGGGUAACGACUUCUUGCUGAUGAACAGUGCUAUGACUCCUGGUGACUGGACGAUAAUAGGCAUUCCCAUACCAGGCGAAUCUGACGUGAUAUCUCACUCGACAGAAAAUAUCAACAUAGUCAGCAUGUCCAAAUGGUUAAGUCCAGAAUCUUCUAAAAUCACAUUAAAGACUGGACAGACCAUAUGGAGUUAUGUGGCUUCAUACAUGUCCCAUAAGUUUGCAGAUUCCCUUCCCACGGCAGAGUUAAUUGAUAGUUGCCCUUUCCAUGGUGGAUUAAUUGGAAUAUUUUCCUACGAAGAGGGAGAGUUUAUCACUCAUGAAAAAUUGUUACCUCGUACAAAUGGCGAAAUUCCAGAUACAAGGUUAUGUUUCAUUGAUCGGUUCAUAGCCCGUCAUGUUGCCAGUGGAGACUCAUUCAUAGUCUCCCGGAGAGAGAACGACCACGAAUGGCUUUCUUCGACAAAAUUAAAGCUGGAAACUGCUAAACCAAUGAAACUUCCAAUUGCUCAAAGUAUAAGCGAAUUGUGUGCUCAUUCUGACAUCAAAAUCACAAGAACUGACAAGCCUAACUACUGCAAGUCCUUCUCUGAAUGCCAGAGAUAUCUGAAAGAAGGUCAUUCGUAUGAACUAUGCCUUACAACUCAGACAGAAAUAUACCUUCCAAAGGAAAUUGAUUCCUGGGAGAUGUACAAGGUUCUUGCCUACAAAAACCCUUCUCCUUACUCGUGUUUCAUGAACUUUGGAGACUGUCAGCUGCUUUCAUCAUCACCCGAAAGGUUCUUGCGAUGGGAUGACACUAAGGCUCAGCUACGUCCCAUCAAGGGAACUGUUGCAAAAUCAGCUGAAAUGACCUUUGAAAAGGCAAAACAGACCCUGUCGACCCCCAAAGAGUUUGCGGAAAAUUUAAUGAUUGUUGACCUUAUACGUCAUGAUAUGUAUAACUUCGUGCCCCGGGUGGAAGUGACUAAGCUCAUGGAGGUUGAGGAAUAUUCUACAGUAUACCAGUUGGUGAGUGUGAUAGAAGGAUAUUUUGGCGAUCAUCACACCGGCAUAGACGUUCUCUCGAGAUCUCUUCCGCCGGGAUCCAUGACAGGAGCUCCUAAAAAAAGAUCUGUUGAAAUUUUGCAGCGUCUUGAAGGGGACGAGAGAAGAGGACUAUACUCUGGUGUUUGUGGAUAUUGGUCUGUGAACAACAACAGUGACUGGUCGGUGAUUAUAAGAAGCAUGUUCAACUAUAAAAAUGACCUCAAAGCGAUCGACGGAUAUUCUGUGUGGAGAAUAGGUGCUGGUGGAGCCAUAACCGUGCUCAGUAGCUGUGAAGGUGAAUGGGAUGAGAUGAAUGUUAAGCUAAAUAGUGCAUUACAGGCAUUUAUAUGA